GUAGUGGUAAGAUUAUGCACUCUGAACGACCAAAAUGGUGACACAUCCUGCAUUAUCGGAUUAUAAUUAACCAAAUGAUCAAAACUAGCUAACUUUUCAAAUCAGUGUUUUGGGAAAUUUGUUAAGUGGCAUCAGAGAUGCUUGUAUCUAUCUCUGGUGAUAUCCACCAAUACCACGACGUCGUAAAACUGUCGCGGAAUACGGCAGCAAACAUGGAACACGUUGGCUUGAUCGGCUAGAGCUGCUGGUUGAUACUAAGGAAACAGGACAAAUAUGAACCAGCGGGGAGGUGUAAAAACAGUUGUGUGUGUCAAGCGUUGUAAAUGAGGUUAGUUUGUAAGUCGCGUCUUGUUCGCGAUGUUCUUGUCGGUUUCUAAAAAUAACUUGGCGGUGUGUGCGAGAAGUGUGUGUUGGGCAAUUCCUGCGUCAUGGCGACAGCAGACAGGUGUGUGUGUGAGGGUAGAACUGAAGUUGCUGCAGAGACUUAAAAACAGAGUGUCCUCUGUCGCCCAGUGGUCCAGCCACACACAAUAUCACACGCACAUCCCCAGCCCAACGACCCCAGAGGUUAGCGGCCAAGAGCUAAAGGGUUCCACGGAAAGCGUCUCCCGAUAUUGUCGCCGCAGAGGUCACGAGAGGACGCAGGGUAACGAUGACCGCUUUAGGUUUUACCCUAAGGAUCACUCCUCGUCUAACUCUCAUGUUCUCCUGGGGUUGAGGUUGUUCCCAGUGAGUUCUGGUGUGUUUCCAGGCUGGAGAGGUCUCUGUAGUGGAAAACCCCGUGAGACCCCAGCCGACUGCCCACCUGGAGUGGACCUGAGGGAAACCACCCAGCCAGCUGAUAGACCAUCUGAUCUUGGUCAAGGACUGUUCAAAUUUAAAGAACUGUAUGAGAACCCAUGGACUAUCCCCAACCUGCUGUGUGUGUGUCGCAUCGCACUGGCUCCUGUCCUGGGAAUCCUGAUAACUGAGCAACAUUUUCACCUCUCCCUUGGGCUGUUUGCUUUGGCUGGAUUUACUGACGUGCUGGAUGGUUAUAUAGCCCGUAACUGGCCCAGUCAGAAGUCUGCGCUGGGCAGCGCACUCGACCCAUUGGCUGAUAAAAUCCUCAUCAGCGUUCUCUACAUCAGUCUCACCUACGCACAGCUCAUCCCAGCUCCCCUGACAGCGUUGGUGAUAGCCAGAGACCUUGGUCUGAUAGCGGCUGUUUUCUACGUCAGAUACAAGACUGUCCCACCUCCUGUGACUCUCAGUAAGUUUUUUAACCCCUGCUACACAACAGCGCAGCUCAAACCCACCACCCUCAGCAAGGUGAACACAGCGAUCCAGCUCUUCCUAGUAGCAGCAUCGUUGGCCUCACCUGUCUUUCACUACACAGACAGUCCGCUCCUGCAAGCCCUAUGGUAUAUCACAGCGGUAACGACGACUGUGUCAGGCUACAGCUACUAUCACUAUGGCAUGAAGACUGUCGCUGUGCUCAACAGCACCAAGUAACCAUGGCAACUCAGCAAGCGCCAAGUAACGGUUGCAACUUAAUACACUCCACAACCAUUGUUGCGCCUGAGUACUCAAGUUGAACACACACCCACGUGUUUGGAAAGACUCCAAAAUGAACUCUUGAGUGUGUAUUUUUAAUCUCAGUAUUGCCAUGGGAACGUUUUGUAUCUGAUGAAUGUGAUUAAACGAUAAACCUGCUCUA